AUGUCAGACAGACAAAAUAACCAAGGCGGUCCUCAAGUGCUACUUACCCGUCCCACUGAAGGGGACAUGGUUCAACAGCGACUUGACUCCCGGAAGUUGUCACAGAAAAGGAGAACGAAACAUAAUUAUUUGCUACCGCCACUGGAUACCCGCAAGUCAAUGGAGAACGAAAAACAUAGAAAGUACGACACGACUGAAAUAGCUUCUUUGCUCACUGUCAGCUACGCAAAAUCAAAAGAUGUUACGGAAGUCAACUCAAAUAUAAUCUAUCUAUCUAUCUAUCUAUCUAUCUAUCUAUCUAUCUAUCUCGCUAAUUCAAUCUCUUCUCUAUCUGUCUGUCUGUCAGUCUAUCUAUCUAUCUAUCUCUCUAUCUAUCUAUCUAUCUCACUCAACUCAUAUCUAUCUCUCUCGGCCUAUUCCUAUCUUUCAUCUCUUUCAUCUAUCUCAGCCUCUGGGACAAGUACCGGAUGGGUUGCCCGAAGAAUUAGCACCUUUCCAUCGCUGUCGCCUUUCUUCUAUCCUGACAAAUAUAAUCUAUCUAUCUAUCUAUCUAUCUCGCUAAUUCAAUCUCUUCUCUGUCUGUCAGUCUAUCUAUCUAUCUAUCUAUCUAUCUAUCUAUCUAUCUAUCUCACUCAUCUCAUAUCUAUCUCUCUCGGCCUAUUCCUAUCUUUCAUCUCUUUCAUCUAUCUCAGCCUGUUCUCGUCUCUCUCUCUCUCUCUCUCUCUCUCUUCUUUCUUUCUUUCUUUCUUUCUCUCUCUCUCUUCUCUCUCUCUAUAUAUAUAUAUAUAUAUAUAUAUAUAUAUAUAUAUAUGA